GUCACGUAACGCGGAAGUCUUACAGUUUGAAGUUCACAAAAGCAAAGAUGGAAAGUGUUCGUGCUCUUUCCGAUUCAAUUUAACAUUUAUCGUUCUUUCAAAAAGGGUCGAGUCCUUCACAGUAUUUCGAGAUUAUGCCUUCAUUCCAAACCAGCAGUUUAUUGUGUUACUUUGUUUAAAAGCAGUUAUCAUUAGAGCGACCGAGCUAAUUAGCUCAUCAAUGUCUCGACAUUUUAUUCACCUUCGCCACUAGCUAAAUAAAAAUGGCCAAAACUUACAGGCCGAGGAAUGUUAAGGCAUCACUUCCUAGACAAUAUCAAAAUGUCCGUGUAACUGAGUAAUGCGGUUAACUAUUUCCGACUAGAGUUCGUGUCACAUAAUUUUACUGUAUAUUUUGUGGAAUCGAAGCAACAGAUCGUCGUGAAGUUUCCUUAAUGACAGACUUUGAACCGUCAGUAAAGAGAGCCCGGAUUGAUACCCUGUCUCCAUCAUCAAAAUCAUCUCUCCAAAAUAAUCUUAUUUUCCAAGAUUAAACGACUUUCAGUUUUAAAAAAACACGUUUUUCUGCGUAGGCUCAACAUUAUGCAUUCAGAACAACAGUAAUGGGACAUGAGGUCAACAAGAAGACGGCAACAAGAUGAAUUCAAGGAUAAAGACUGGCAUGGAUGGUUUGCGAGGUGUCAAAACAAAAAAAUCCCAUCGCAGGGUUGGCUCGAAGCAGCAAAGGUCCAGAAGCACCCUGGAAAGAUGGUUACUGAAGCCCACACCAAAUCAAAACGAUUCUGAAAUAACCGAUGAAGACGGCCCUCAAAGCCCCCCAGGUCACUCUCAUGGUGGUCUCAAUGCUGUGUCGGACUCUGAUGAAGACACGCAACCUCUAUCGCCACAAGAGCUGGACUGCGACGGCCAUGUCUGGACUCCGUUAACGGAUUCAGAAAGUGAAUCCAUUCUUCAAGAAUGCGGUUCGGAGAAACGGGAAGUGGCAUCGGGCUCCACAGCCUCGGGGUGCUUUGUCAAAGCCAAGAUAACGGAUUUCUUUUCAGGCCCUUCGCCCGCAUGCUUGAGACGAGGCAAGGCUAAAAAGUGCUGUGAAACACAGGACACGGAUGAGGAAAAUGAACCCGACGCCACCUGGCUGGGGAGGCCGAUUGGCGAACUGAGGAGGAUGCCCCAAUGUGGUAGACCACUUCCUCCGCUCAAGGAUGUUCCUGGCGUGCACACUGUGAUGACAAGGACUGACCUUGUGGGUCACACAAGUGUUCCGUAUCCUGCCACAUUCGACGAUACUUGGGAUGAUGCCCAUGUCAAAAUGCCCUGUUCCAGCAGGAAUCUAUUUCCUGUGCAAGAUGAGGAAACACAAGAACUUCAGAACAAGAGUCGGUGGGAGCUGAUAAAGCAGACUUUGACGAGAAGAAUUACGAGCAUUCCUGAGUUGAAGAAUGCAAUAUUGAAAUACUGUGCUUCUACUGCUAAGAAGUGGGACUUCACUGCAUUACAUUUGUACUGCACUCAGGUCCUGGAGCCUGCCGCCGCCGAACAUCUGUUUGGCUCCCUGCUGCCAAACCUGGUGCAAUUAGCACUGAGGGUGUCAGAGCUGUGCACCAAGCCUAUACCGCUCCUCAAGAGGGGGACCAGCCACUCCAUUAGCAUGUCGCAGGAGCAGGUGGCCUGCUUGCUCGCCAACGCCUUCUUCUGCACCUUCCCGCGGCGUAACUCUCGACGCAGCGAGUACAGCAACUACCCGGACAUCAACUUCUUUCGGCUGUUUGAGGGAUCUUCAUCCAGGAAGAUUGAGAAGUUAAAAACUCUGAUGUGCUACUUCAAAAGUGUCACUGAGCAAAAGCCUUGUGGUCUGGUGACAUUCACGCGGAAAAGCUUGGAAAAUCUUCCAGACUGGGAAAGCUCAGAGACCCUUCUAACCAAGUUGUACAUUGCAUCCGAAGGAACCAUUGAAGAUGAUGGUUAUGGAAUGCUUCAGGUGGAUUUUGCCAAUCAAUUUGUUGGAGGAGGUGUCACCAGUUCGGGUCUCGUUCAAGAGGAGAUCCGUUUCCUCAUCAACCCUGAGCUCAUUGUGUCCCGCCUCUUUACUGAAGCUCUGGAUCAUGACGAGUGUCUGAUCAUCACAGGUACUCAGCAGUACAGUACAUACACGGGCUACGCGCAGACGUACAAAUUUGGCGGCAGCCACCAGGACACGACUCCCAGAGACGACUGGAAAAGAAGAUGCACAGAGAUUGUGGCGAUUGACGCUCUGCCAUUCAGGAAUUACUUGGAACAGUUUCAUCCAGAGAGAAUAGACCGGGAACUCAAUAAGGCUUACUGUGGUUUUGCCCGCCCCGGUGAGCACAGCGACAACCUUUCCGCGGUGGCCACUGGAAAUUGGGGCUGCGGCGUUUUUGGAGGCGAUGCGCGUCUCAAAGCGCUGCUCCAGAUACUGGCAGCUGCCGAGGCGGGACGCGACGUGGCUUAUUUCACCUUCGGAGACAGCCAGCUCGUGACAGAUGUCCACGGCAUACAUACCUUCCUCACACGGAGCUGCAUCAGUGUUGGGGAGGUGUACGAUCUCAUGGUUCAGUAUUACAGCGACGUGUGCAGGAGCUGCAGCAAUCAGUGCCCUGACGUCAGCCUCUACUCCUUCAUCUACAGACAGGUCGGCUCCUCCCCGCCUGCCCAGUGACUCCCACCAGACAACCCGUCCCCGCGGAUGACUCUUAAUUUCAGGAGACCUGUGAGUCACUGCGCCUUUGGAAUUAGAAGACACACACACACACAGCUGGAAACCCUUCUCACUUUGCCUUGAGAACACAUUCAGUUAAUAAUUAUUAUUUUGCCCCACUAGCUUCCUUUGCCAGUCCAAAACUAAACCACCAGAGAUGAUUAAUGUGGAGCGUCUGGACAGUGUUUAUUUUGUUGCUAAUUUUCCAAUACAACAAGUGUGAUUAUUAUUAUUAUUUUUUUUUUGAAGCAACGGUUGCCAUCUGUCUUUUGUCAUUUUGCCUUAUUUUUUACACCCACACAAAUCCAGCCUAAUUGAAUCGACUGUCAGAAAUCGAGUUAGAGGCUAACUAGGACGGGCACUGGAGAGCUUGGGAGUCAUCUCGGGGGGGAAAAAAAAAUAUGGAUUUGAAGAGCAGAGAAAAUGUUGCUCACAUUCAGGCUGUACACAAUACCCCAAUCAAUCUAGUUCUCAUUUGACUUGUAAUUUGUGUGACACUGCAAACUGAAUAAUAACAGUACUUGUAUUGGUUGUCUUUAAAGUUGAGGGAUUUCAUCAAUUUGAAUAAUAAAUGACAGCUCGUCUUGUCCUGUCGCUGUGAGCAGGCAACUAUGCUUCCUCUCCAUUUAUCUUUUAAUAAGGUCAUACCCCCUUAUAUAAUCUGUACAUGACACCUCGUUAAGUCAUGUCAAGAUCAUGGACUAGCCAGUCAAAGGUAAGGACCAGACGGUGAGGGUAACUCAAUUUCAUGGAGGUAAGUAGACUUGUUACUUGAGAUAUUCUGCCGACUUUGUGAAAGGUUGAAAGGAAGUUUGGACGUGGACGCAGACAGGUACCGGAGCGUUCACAAAGAAUCAUUCGGAAAAGAGAAACCAUCCUUUGAGGUCAGUGCAGAUGUUGAGUGCUGCAUCGUGACAGAACGGCAAUGGUGAAUUGGUUAUGCUUUUGUAAGCCGAGGAGUAGCUGUGGAGACAUCAAAUGAAAACAAGGCCACAACGUUCAAUCACAAGUUCCAGUUGAAGCAGACACGAGGAUCAUGGACCCACCCUGCAAUUGUCAACCAUCCAGGGCGUCCGAGCAGAUGUCAGGGAGAAGCCAAAAGACAGAUGUUUCUCCACUCCUUUCAAAGGCCUCCUUUUAAAACCUGUUGGAUUUGAUCAGGAUGGGAUUGGCGCCAACACAACGCAGCAGCAUUUAUUAACAAAGGAGCUUCUUCUGCAGAACUUCGCCAGUGCCUCCGGGGGCUCCGAAUUUCUCCACGAUGGCCUUGGUUUUGUGGAACUGCUCAUCCUUCACCAGGUGCCGCACGCAUUUCAGCACUCGUUCUGGACGGAGGAGUUGAGACUGCAGAUGCCGACCAACAGGAUCCCCGGAAGCUGGUGGCACCGGUGUUUGAGAGCGGAGACGACGACUUCCAUCCAUCCAUUUUCUUUGCCGCUUAUCCUCACGAGGGUCGCGGGGAGUGCUGGAGCCUAUCCCAGCUGUCAACGAGCAGGAGGCGGGGUAAACCUUGAACUGGUUGCCAGCCAAUCGCAGGAGAUGAUGACUUGUUUCCAAGAUUUUGAAGGGGGUCUCCGCGGGUGUUCGGCGUUACCGGAGGUAGCUGGCGUAGGCGGCAGUGAGUCCGUUCACGUUGAGGCUGAUGUCUGCCAGGGCCAAGUUGAAGACCAGAUAGUUGCUGGGGGUCCUCAGCUCCCGGACGCCCAGGAAGGAGGCGACGGUGACGGCGUUCAGGAGGAACCCGAGGACGCCUGCGGACGGACGCGGGGCACUUCAAGGUCUUUUGCUACUGUUUAUCCAUCGAUUUUCUGCACCGAACCGCUCAUCCUCAUCAGGAUCUCGGGUGAGAUGAAGCCUUUCUGAACUGAUUAAGGUUGUAUGUUGCCCCUGAAGUACAAGUUUGACACCCCCUGCUUGCUACACACUCAAGUCUCGACAAGUGUUUGGGAGUGCGUCUGGCAGUGCGUUGAGCUCGGUGGAUUCGACUUUGGCGUGUAGUUGAUGAGGAACGACACGACACGAGAGCCAAUCAGCGUACAAGAGCAUGUUUAGAUCAAGAAAAACUUAAAACGAAUGUGUCCCAAAGGAAAAGGUGUGGCCCCUUUAGAGCGCCUCGUUGUCAGCCGUGAGUGGGCAAGGUGGAAUCACCAGGAGGAGAAAUGAAGGAAGUGUGGAAGAAGUCCCAAGUCGACUGAUAGCGUGUGGACCCGGGACUUCGGACUGGACCUUGAGAGGGCCUCGCAGUCUUGCCGUGGAAAACCCCCACGAAGACCCACAUUUCACGUUAGACUAACAGAAGACUCUUAAUUGUCCCCCGUCUGAACUACAGGAUUGUGGAUAUGCAGACGGUUAGCAAAACAAGGGUGAUGACAAGGCUGAAACAAAUUCCGAAAACUGUCAGCGGACGCUUGCUGAGGCCCAGGAAGUAUGAAACAACGCGUCCCUUGAUCUGGAAAGCACGAUGCACAACACACAACAAGACCAGAAACAAGCAAUCAUCAACAUGCUGAGCCAACGCAAGGAAAACACAGAAAAUCGUCACGUCUGUGUUCCCAAUGGGUGGCGUGCGGAUUCGGCAAUUCUGUGUGCGAGUGGCUGGACGUGAGCUGUGGUCGACGCCAGUGUGACAGUAUUGCUCUGAGAAUGCCACUGUCUGUGCCUUCAUAGGGUGAGUAGUUUUACUUUUUCUUUAAGACAUUAAAAAUGUUAAAAUGUUACUUAUGGCUAAUAAAUGCUCUGUGGUGGUGACAGUUUAAACCUGGAACUUAAAUUGACCUUACUUUAAAAGUCAAAUUGAGGACAAAUGUGAUUAUUCUGAGUUGUUCAUUACACAGACAUAUUUAAAAUAUCACUGUACUCAUUGAAAUAAAUGCAAACAAGUGUAUUGUACAGCACUUUAUUAAAUUAAUGUACCCAUAGAAAGACUCAGACAAGUGUAAUGUAAUUUAUCUAUUACAUGGUUUUGACGAAUAUGAACUGCAGAUCAACGACAAAUAACAGGCAGAAAUUAAAAACACUUCCACCAUCAGAGCGACGCCUCUGCACGUGAAGAUUUUUGUUCUCGGCAAGUAUUUAUUUCUUUUUUUUAAGUAUGUGAAGCGCUUGUGUUGAGAGACUGCAAGAGUAUAACACUACUGUUUGCUGCUAAGUUACGACAACACUCAGCUCAGUGGAACGUAAAUGGGGAGGAAAAAAAAAAUAA